AUGGAUGUCACUCCAAACGCAUUUAUCCCAACUGUAGUUCCUAGUCUAUCGGUCAACCAGAUGGUGGAACCUCCACUUACUCCUAGUGGAGCCUUGGAUCUCGCUGCCCCAGCACAGCCGACAUUUAAUCAGUCAGAAUUUGAUCUCAAUACUCUGACACCACUGGCGGAAUCAACCCCUUGGAUGGGCGACUUUUGUUCUCUAGUUCACAGUGCUGAGCUGAGCAAGCUAACCACGCCACGUCUUAUGCCUUCUUCUCAUUCUUCAAGCUCUUCGCCCUCGCCGUGGCUAUCUGGCUCUGCCUUACCCUCGCCACUGGAUUUGUAUUCUACGUCCCCAUUCGAUACACUCUUCGAUGCCCCGGCUAUUCUACCUGAUGUAACGACUUUCGAGAUACCGAAGUUAGCCAACACUACAACUACACAGCCCAGUGGUUGGCGACAGAAUAUGCCUGAAUACCAGUCAGAUCAGAGUUUCGCCUACACACUUGGAGGAAUAGGAGGCGAGGCUCAAUUCAUUCAAUGA